AUGUCACCGGUCUUUCCCAUGUUAACAGUUCUGACUAUGUUUUAUUAUAUGUGCCUUCGGCGCCGAGCCAGGAUGGCUACAAGAGGAGAAAUAAUGGACAGCCAUAGGACUGUAGAAUCAAACAGCCGGACCUCGCCUCUAAAUGCAGAGGUGGUCCAGUAUGCCAAAGAGGUAGUAGGUUUCAGCUCCCAUUACGGGAGUGAGAAUAGCAUGUCUUAUACCAUGUGGAACUUGGCAGGAGUCCCGAAUGUAUUUCCAAGUUCUGGUGACUUUACACAGACAGCUGUGUUUCGAACUUACGGAACAUGGUGGGAUCAGUGUCCCAGCGCACCUGUGCCGUUCAAGAGGACACCAGAAAAUUUCCAGAGCCAGGACUAUGUGGAACUUGCUUUUGAACAGCAGGUGUAUCCUACAGCUGUUCACGUUCUGGAAACCUAUCAUCCUGGAGCAGUCAUUAGAAUUCUAGCUUGUUCUGCAAAUCCCUAUUCCCCAGGUCCACUGGCUGAAGUCAGAUGGGAAACUCUUUGGUCAGAGAAACCUACGAAGGUGAAUGCUUCCCAAGCUCGCCAGUUUAAACCUUGUAUUAAGCAGAUAAAUUUUCCUACAAAUCUUAUACGCCUGGAAAUAAAUAGUUCUCUUCUGGAUUACUACACUGAAUUAGAUGCAGUUGUACUACAUGGUACGAAGGACAAGCCCAUGCUUUCUCUCAAGCCUUCACUUAUUGACAUGAACGAUCUGGAAGAAGAUGACUAUGAAGAAAAGGAUGAAUGUGAAAUGGACAAUCUGAGCAAAACGUUUAGCAGUACUGCUCUCAGGGAAGGGCCAAGUAAUGGAUAUUUUGAUAAACUACCCUAUGAGCUCAUUCAACUGAUUCUGAAUCAUCUUACGCUCCCAGACCUGUGCAGAUUAGCACAGACUUGCAAACUCCUGAACCAGCAUUGCUGUGAUCCUCUCCAGUACAUCCACCUCAAUCUGCAACCGUACUGGGCGAAGCUAAAUGACACCUCUCUAGAAUUUCUGCAGGCUCGCUGCACGCUUGUGCAGUGGCUUAAUUUAUCUUGGACCGGCAAUAGGGGAUUCAUCUCUGUUGCGGGAUUUAGCAGGUUUCUGAAGGUCUGCGGAUCUGAAUUAGUGCGCCUUGAAUUAUCCUGCAGCCACUUCCUUAAUGAAACUUGCUUGGAGAUUAUUUCUGAGAUGUGCCCAAAUCUACAGGACUUAAAUCUCUCCUCCUGUGAUAAACUACCACCUCAAGCUUUCAGCCACAUCGCCAAGUUGUACGGCCUGAAACGACUCAUUCUCUAUAGAACAAAAGUAGAGCAAACAGCCCUGCUCAGCAUUUUGAACUUCUGUUCAGACCUUCAGCACCUCAGUUUGGGUAGUUGUGUCAUGAUUGAAGACUAUGAUGUGACAGCUAGCAUGAUAGGAGCCAAGUGUAAAAAACUCCAGACUCUGGAUCUGUGGAGAUGUAAGAACAUCACUGAGAACGGGAUAGCAGAACUGGCUUCUGGGUGUCCACUUCUGGAGGAGCUUGACCUUGGCUGGUGCCCCACUCUGCAGAGCAGCACCGGGUGCUUCGCCAGACUGGCACGCCAGCUCCCAAACUUGCAGAAACUCUUUCUAACGGCUAACAGGUCGGUGUGUGACACAGACAUCGAAGAACUGGCCUGUAAUUGUACCAGAUUACGCCAGCUGGACAUAUUAGGAACUAGAAUGGUAAGCCCGGCAUCCUUAAGAAAACUCCUGGAAUCUUGCAAAGAUCUGUCCUUGCUUGAUGUGUCCUUCUGUUCCCAGAUCGAUAACAGAGCAGUGCUGGAGCUCAGUGCAAGCUUUCCCAAAGUGUUCAUUAAAAAGAGCUUUACCCAGUGA